AUGGACAUCGAUUGCCAAACACAGGCUUCUCCUAGCUCUACUGGCGAGCACAUCUGUGACCUCUGUGACUGCGUACGCGACGCUUCCGACAAUGCAACAUACGGGUUUGAAUUUCGCCCAGCGAUGGACGCUGUGAACCAUUCAUGCAGCUCUGUUGACCAACUGUCCACAACAAUGGGCGAAGAGCUGAAACAAAUUACUGCGAGCUUGGACUCAAUGAGACAAAGGGUGACCGAGUUAGAAAGGGAGCAUAAUGCUAUUGCAAGACGCCUAUCCUAUACAGAAAGUGCCUAUGAGGUCAAGAGUUUGCUGUACAACGGGACAAAGCUGCUUCUUGACAAAGUGGUAGACGUCCUUGAGAUGCAACAGCGUUCGGCUUAG